CUGAAGCUCCUGAUUAGGUGGCAGUCGUCGUUCUUCUUUAUAUUUUGAAGUAAUAAUACGCGAAAUUAAAUCAUAAUGGCAAAGAUGUUGAUUGUUGCUCUGUGCCUUGCGGCUUGUCUACUCGGCGGCGAUGCCAUGCAUACCGUCCCGGAGCUGCAGGCAGAGGCCUACAUUGGCAGGUGGUAUCAGGUGUACACAAACUUCUGGGCUGAUCUGUUCUCAAACAUCUUUGAACCCGACUGCGUAACAGCUGACUAUGGCCUUCUGAACAGUACCUACGUCUCGGUAUACAACGCAAACUGGCGUUUCGAUGAGAACCGUACAGACGACAUCAGUGGCUACGCCUACAUCGUCGACGUCAGUGACCCCGGCAAACUCAAGGUCGUCCUCGAUGGCGUCCCAGUCGAAGGAGAUUAUUGGAUCUUCAAGCUCGGACCAAUCGUCGAGGGUCAAUACCAGUACAGCCUCAUCACGGACGGGGAAGCCGCCCGUCAGCUCUUUGUUCUCGCCCGUGAUCCCGCAGAAUUUGCCGAGCUUUACGAUAAGGAGGUCAUGGAGUAUCUCCCCCUUCAAGGGUUCACCGGGGAACGCAAGCAGCCCUACGCCAUCACUCAUAAUGCAGACUGCGUAUACCCCCCGAGAAACUAAUUUUCGGCAACAAUUUUCAUCGGGGACGAAUACUUGUUUAAAGCCCGUCUGCACUAGUUUGGCCAGGGGAGAUUAGACCUCCCUGCA